AUGUCUAUGCAGCAGGGCGAGGGAGGGCUUUCUAAUGCCCAUGCUGAUGAACAUGGGGGUCUAGCUUCUGUAGCGGCAGCCCAGUCUGCGGUUCCUCCAGUGCAGGCCCAACUCGCCGCUCCGCCACGGGAAGCCCAGGCUGCCGUUCCUCCAGGGCAGGCCCAGCCACCCCCUGGUUCAGUGACAAACGCUUCUCCGUCAGAGGGCCUAACAGGUGAUAUAGACAUGCCGGAUGAAGGGGAGCCAAAAAAGCUCAGCGAUUCGAACCUUCAAAAUAUGAUCAGAGACAUCCUCAAUGCCCCCCCAAAUGACCCAAAUGCUAUUAGACGUGCUUGGGAAAAGAACAUUCCCGAUGAUUGCAAUCUUAAUUUCAAGCAUCUGAUGGCUGUUCUUCACCCUGACAAGUUUGCGGCUUCAGACAAGGCAGAGGCGGAAAAGGCCUUCUCAAGUGAGGACAAUUAA